AUGACUUCUCGAGACGGUUAUCAAUGGACGGAGUCUUCUGGUCUUGUUAAAGGCGUGCCUAGUAUAGGUGUGAUCCAACCACCUACAAAUAUCACAGACGAGCAGGCGACCUACGAUGUUAUUGUAGUUGGAGCAGGUUACUGUGGGCUUACAGCAGCCAGAGAUGCUGCGUUGUCAGGCCUCAAGGUGUUGUUGCUGGAGGCUCGAGACAGAAUUGGUGGUCGUAGUUGGAGCUCAAACAUCGAGGGUUAUCCAUUCGAGAUGGGUGGCACCUGGGUCAGCUGGGGACAGCCUCAUGUUUGGAGAGAGAUCUCGAGGUAUGAUAUGCGAAAUGAGCUAGAGAUCUCCCACGACUACAGUCGAGGCGUGAAUCACUUCUCCCUGAAUUCUUCAAGCGGCAACCGCAACAUGAGCCAUGAAGAAGAAGAUAAAUUGAUGGAAUCCGCCUUAAACAAGUUCGCCAACGUCGAUGGUGUGCUCGGUCGGAAAGUCAUGCCUUUCCCGCACAGCGAAGGACAUAACCCAGAGGCCGCGAAAUACGAUAGAAUGUCUGUCGCCGACCGCAUUGCUCAGAUCAAGGACGAUCUCUCACCAGAUGAGCACACCGCUUUACUCGGAUUCGUACUACUCUGCAGUUGCAGCACCCCAGAAAAGACCAGCUUCUACGAAUAUCUGCAUUGGUGGGCACUUUGCAACUAUUCGUACGAGUAUUGCAUUGAAUACCUCAUCAAGUACAAGUUCAAGGGUGGGCAAUCGAGCUUUGCUAUCAACUUCUUCAAAGAAGCUUGUGCGACAGGCAGACUCUCGUACGCGUUUAACACACCGAUCGCUGCGAUCAAGGACAAUGGCAGUGAUGUCCACGUAACCGCAAGAGAUGGGAAGACGUUCAAGGCGGCCAGGUUGAUCUCAGCCAUUCCCAUGAACAUCUUGAAGGAUGUAGCAUUCAGCCCAGCGUUGAUUCCAGGCAAGCUCGAGGCUUCAAAUCGGGAACAUGUCAACAAAUGUGUCAAGGUCCAUGCUGAGGUCCGUGAUAGAGAUUUGAGAUCUUGGAGCGGCAUCACAUAUCCUAAUAACGCAUUGAUGUAUGCCAUCGGCGAUGGUACAACUCCAAGCGGCAAUACUCAUAUCGUUGCUUUUGGUGGAUCGCACAAUCAUAUUCAGCCAGAAAAGGACAUCAACAAGACCAUGGAGGCACUAACAACAAUGACACCCAUGGAUAUUGAGAGAGUGGUAUUCCACAACUGGGCGGAUGACGAGUUUGCUAAGGGCGCUUGGUUCUUCUCUCCUCCAGGUCUCGUGACAGAACAUUUGGAAGAUCUCCGAGCUCCGCAGGGUAAUAUUUACUUUGCCAAUUCCGAUUGGGCGGUAGGCUGGAGAAGCUUCAUCGAUGGAGCCAUUGAGGAGGGUACACGGGCUGCGCUGGCAGUCAAGAGAGAUCUGGAUAGAAGUCGCUCGGCACACCUUUAG